CACACACAAAUCCCACAACAGUCUCCAGAGUCUACUCAUCCUACACUGUGGACACUCUGCCCACACACUUACGCUGCAAUGUGGUGCAGUCGCAUGGCACUCCGUCGGCUCCAGAAGAUCGCCGUUACUCCUUUGAACAUUACCGGGGGUCUAACAAGCAACAUCGAGAGGGAGAUGUCAACCCUGCCACGCGUCUACGUCACACGACAGAUCCCACCUGAGGGCCUGAAGAUCCUCCGCAAAUCUGGACAGGUGCAGUUUGAGCUGUGGGACUCAGAUGACAUACCGGUGCCCAGGAAGGAGCUCCUUCAGAAGGUCAAAGGUGUAGAUGGUCUGCUUUGCACGCUGACAGAAAAAAUUGAUGCGGAACUGUUGGAUGCUGCAGGUCCAAACCUGAAGGUCCUCAGUACAAUGUCAGUGGGAUUCGAUCAUCUGUCUUUGGAUGAGCUGAAGAAACGAGGAAUCCGUAUAGGUUAUACCCCUGAAGUCCUGACAGAUGCUGUUGCUGAGUUGACAGUAGCUCUGCUGCUUGCGACCUCCAGGAGGCUCAUAGAGGCCACACAUGAGGCCAAGACUGGCGGCUGGGGCACGUGGAGAACGCUGUGGCUGUGUGGUUAUGAGCUGGCCAACAGCACUGUCGGUAUUCUCGGACUAGGCAGGAUCGGUGUGGCCAUUGCUGAGCGUCUGGCACCUUUCAAAGUAAGGAAGUUUAUCUACACAGAUGUGGCCCCCAGGCCUGAGUUGGCGAGUGCCAUCAAUGCAGAAUAUGUCUCUUUUGAUGAGCUGGCAAAGCAGUCAGAUUUCCUGGCUGUGUGCUGUGCUCUAACACCAGAGACAAAGGAGAUCUGCAAUAAGAACCUCUUCUCCAAGAUGAAAAAGACUUCCAUCUUCAUCAACACGAGCAGAGGCGGGGUGGUGAACCAGGAAGACUUGUAUGAAGCUCUGUCCACAGGGCAGAUCGCAGGAGCUGGAUUAGAUGUCACUGUUCCUGAGCCGCUGCCAACCAACCACCCACUGUUUACGCUCAAAAACUGUGUGAUUCUACCCCAUAUUGCGAGUGCCUCCUAUAUUACCCGUGAUGCUAUGUCUUCCCUGGCGGCAAACAACCUCCUCCUGGGCCUGCGAGGGCAGCCGAUGAUCAAAGAGCUCAAGCUUUAAGAAGAAACAGCUUCCACUCUGAAAAAAUGAUCAAAGAGUGGAUGAUUAGUUCUACUUACUGUUCAAAAUAUAUUUUGCUGACUGAAGUAAAUCCUUGCAGUGUU